AGUACCUAUGCAAGAAAUAAGGGGAAUAUUAUGACUGCAGUCUGAAUUGGUGAUUUUCAAAACAAUAACCGAAUAUUCAAUUCAAACAAUGUAACCUUAAUAUCAAUAUGAUAGGAUAGGAUUAGGAGUAAUGAACUUAAUUAAAUUUCUCUAAAAAAAUGGACGACCACUAGUAAUAUAAAGCAAAUUAUUUAAAACUUACCUUAACGAUAGUUUGUUAAAUCUAAAUAUGCUGAACAGAAACGAUCAUACUCGUGAUAACGCUCUCUUUUACUUUUCCUGAAACUCUUAACAUUUUAAGUUCAAGCUAAAGAAGAAAUUGCUUGUAAUUUAUAUUAAUUAUUUUCUAAUAUCAUACAUCAGCUGAUGUUUAAAAUGGACACAUUCAGUACUGAGAUCAUUAGCAAAAGCUAUUCUAGUCUCACUGGCCAGAACAAGUACGAAUUGAACAGAAUGGAUUAUUAUAGUAUUACUAAAAAUAAUAGCAGUGAAAUCGAACUAUUUAACGAAAAAGACAUCAAUUCUACUAAAAGCGCAUCUAACCCCACUAUCGGACAACUAAGUGCACAGGUCAUGAAUCUACCAUACAAUAAAUACGAAGAAGUUAUUACGGACGAAGAAUUUGAAAGCCCUAUGAAAUUUUCCUUAAAAGAAUAUGAUAUCUUAAAACGUAUAAAAGAAGCAUAUGAUGCGUGCUCUUGCAGAAUUUGCAGGUGUCUUAUGGGGCCAACGCUAACACCUCGUGAAGAAUAUUGUGAUUGUGAGCCUUGCAAAUGUAAAGACUGCACACUAAAUAACCUAAAGUACAAUACUAUUAACGUACAGCCACGUUCAGGAAAUGAGUUUCUCUAUAUAGAUAACGUAAAAGAAACAAGUUGCGAUUGUAAGCCUUGUAACUGUAUGGAAUGUGCCCACAGUUGUUAUUUGAGAAGUAAACCUGUUAAUUAUUUAGGGAAUAAGAUGGACGCAGCAAGAAAUGAGUUAACGAACUCAACUGCGAAAAAAAUCAGUCUACAAAAAAAAUACCCAACGCAUGACAUACCUGUUGGAAUCAAUAAACUUUCGGAUCGUCCUAUAACCACAAAUAACGAUCAUGCUAAUAAUAAAUGUGCAUGCAGUAAAUGCGAAUGCGUCAUAUGUGAAUCCCAAGGAAAUGCUUUGACUUGUUACUCAUCGUUGCGGUAUGGCGAUAAACCAUUUCACAAAUUGACACGUCCUAAAGUCUGUAAAUGUGCAACAUGUAAAGACCAACCUAUCUUACAAUCGAUUGAUUAUGCCAAUUGUGGAUGUGAUAUGUGUCAUUUUGUACAAUGUGAACGGAGCUCUGAACCUCGAAGCCAUUUAAACAAACUAAAUCCGGAUAACAAUCAUGGAGGCUCAAACAAACCCUUUAUAGAUCGCAUAAUGCGUGAACAUCCAUUAGCAUAUGAAUGCAAUGAAUACGAGCAUGAUACAUUUAAACGUGGUAAUAUAUUUUACGUAAACAAUGUGAAAACACACGAUCCCUCUAAGAUCAUAUUACGACCGGAACAAGCUAGAAUAAAAGAAAAUAAACUUGGCUUGCCUCUUCCCAAGGAUACUAACCAAAAUUCUAAGAACAAGAGUCAGAGGAAAUUGACUCUGUUUAAUAAGGAUAAUACUGUAUUAACUGCAGUUUUUAAAACAAAUUCCCUUGUACCCAAAAACUCACUUAACAAUAUUUCAGCUGUUUUUUAUCCGUGUUUAAAUGUACUUGAAGAUUUACCAAUGAAUAAUGUGCACAAGACAAGUUCAUAUUCAUUUUCGUCGGGAUUCAGCUCUACACGGACAAUCACAGCAUCGGUAUUAUCAUAUCAAAACAAAGGAUGCAGCAAACGCACUAUUUCCUUACCUGAUACAAAUAUUUUUGAUAACCUCACGGAAAUUGGUUCAAAUUCCAAUGGUACUGAAGUUCGAAAAUAUGUUAUAUCUAAUUAUACGAAUCAGCAUAAUAUUUACCAUUGCUCUAAUAUCGAAUCAGAUUUUAACAAAAUCAAUGGCGUUGGUGCCAAGUUAGUACGUAAGCUACACCAUAAAUAUCCAAAUGGUAUCGGAAACAGAGUUGCUGGUAAUGUGUUAUUUGAUCAUUUAAACCAGUUUUUUACAAAAAGAUGUUAUGUAGAAGAAACUAAUACAGUAAAUUAUAAUAGUAUAUAUAAAACAGUGCUGAAUGCGAAGCAGUUUACUAUUAAUUUGACUAAGAUUUUACAUAAAUACGAAAAAGCAAAUUUAGAAUUUAAAAGCGUUUCCAAAAAACUGAAAAAGUCGCUGUAUAUGAUUUUAAAUGGUUUGAGCAGUAGUAACUGUGACUGUGUUAUAAAACAAGCAGCUGAUGAUGGAGAAAACAACAGGACAUCAAAGGCGACUAAAGCAAACGAAGCAGACGCAGAGCGUUUUAAAGUUGUUUACCAAUCUAAAUUCAAAAAUUUAAAAGGAGAAAAUAAAUCUGUUGAAGACAAAGCGGUUAAAAAUGUUAACAUUGAUUCACUCAAGAACUAUAAUAAGCAUUUAUAUCAACCAAAACAUGUGUUAAAAAUAAUAUCAAAUGUUAAAAAUAAAUCACAAAAUUAUAUAGAAAAAAUGUGUGAUGAAACUGAUGAUACGAUAAAUAGAAAGCGUGAAAUUAAAAGCGCUCCUGUGGAUAAAUCACAAGUGCACGGCAUUACAGGACAGGAACCUGUGGCUAGUGAGGUAGAACUCCUAAGAGCGGAGAAAAUACGUUAUAUUUUGAAACAAGAUGUGAUGCUAGAUCUUUUUACAGAAUAAGUCAAUUACGAAUGAACAUGGCCAUGAUACAAAUUGUGCAAUUUUACGUAAAUACUUCGUGAAUAAAAUUAUAUGUACCUAUUUUACGUUCAAUACUAUUAAACAUUUUAUAGCUA